ACAGAGAGUAAAUCAGGAUGCAAACAGCCUUUAUUCAUCUCCUGUGGAGAAGGCAACUGGACGGCUUCUCGGAGCAACAUCCAGCUCAGCUUCUGUUUACAGCAAAGGUCUACUAAGCAACUGUCCUCAUACCUUGAAGGGUUUUUUCUUCUCUCACAGUUUAAGGGGCCUGAAGAAGAAACAUCGGCCACCAAAGGACCAUAAGAAUGAGUGACAAUGCUACUUUGGUUCCUCCAGCUUCAAACCAGGGUCCCACCACCCCACGCAAAGGGCCCCCAAAAUUCAAGCAGAGGCAGACUCGCCAAUUCAAGAGCAAGCCUCCUAAGAAAGGUGUGAAAGGGUUUGGAGAUGACAUUCCAGGCAUGGAAGGGCUGGGAACAGAUAUUACAGUGAUUUGCCCUUGGGAGGCAUUCAGCCACCUGGAGUUGCAUGAGCUCGCUCAGUUUGGGAUCAUCUGAGGCACUCUCAACAGCAUCUGCUAUAACUUUGAUUUCUUUUUCCCUAUUGAAUCUUGAAAUGCAGUCUUGUUCAGAAGUGGUUCCUUUUUCCUACCCAGUCAUUUCCUAUAAGUUUCUACUAAGAAUUCUAGUGUCAGACUCUCUCAUAGAGUACAGUUUAGCUCAGAAUAGUGGGGAAAUAUCAACUUUUGUUAGGGCAUUUCAAACCUGACUACAUUUUCCUAUCAACUGUGCGAAGUCAUAAAUAUUUCUCUAAAUAUUUGUUUGUUAUGUCCUUCAAAUCUAUUUUUGCUAGGCAUUCUUUAUGAUUAUUAAGUAAUAGGCUUCUAAAAUAACAUUUAUGUCACUCACCUCCCCUUCUCAUUUAAUAAAGAAAAUAUUUACUUUGA